ACUCCAAAUAAUCCAGCAUGUCUUCUAGCGGUUCGUCACUUUCCGCAGGGUCCGUUAUUUUACUUAAUUUGUCCUUAAACGAGCUACAUAAAAAUACUUUACAGUUUCUUCCAACUUGUUUAUGUGUGGAUGCGUGAGACGUUCCCAAUUCAGAGUGUAAUAAUGUAUUUAAAAAACCCAGAGAAGAUCUUUCCCUCUUUCAUAGAAAGAUGGCAGUGAAUUUCUAAAGUAUGAGUGUAGAAAACUGUCCAUAUUGUGGAAAGCCCUUCAAGAGGCUGAAAACCCACCUCCCUCACUGUAAAUUGGCACCAGUUGCACAGCCAAAGAAAAGCAUUCAAGCACCCAAAGAACCGAGUUCAACCACUUCCAGACAGAAGAUCCAUAUAGAAACCGCAACAACAGAAAUAAAUAAUGUCAUAUUUGAUGAAACCCUAACCUCCAAAGGAAGAAGGAAAGAAGAAGAUAUUCACAAUGCAGAUAGUCUUCUCACAACUACUGAGGUCAGAGUCCCAUCAGCUCAGACUCUGAGCACGGAGAGACCUAAAAGCAGAUGGCUUGCUAAAAGACAGAAGGAACUUGAGAGAUUACAGCUGUUAGUGCCAGUCUCAAAGAAGCCAAGCAACCCUACCUCUUUAUCCGACAAUGAAAUAGAUAAAAGCUUUUGCGAACUCUCCAAAAGAACAUUUCAAAGUAAUGGAAAAAGUACUAAAGACAAAAAGAAACCAAAGAUGGCGCCAUUAUCAGCUCAGUUAUCCAUCACCAAGAGUAAAAUCGAUAUUGUUCCAGCCAUUCUGAAAACCGCUAGUCUCCCAUCUGAACAUGAAAAUCCAGAACUCCAAAUAAUACUGGACAACUUGGAGGAGCCUGAAAGACUGAAUAAUCAGAACAAGGAUUUUGAUCUAGAAUCAAGGGCAAAAGAGCAUAAAGCUCAUGCUUUCUUUUCACCCAAGACUUCAGUGUGGGACCACAUCAAUGACAGUUUGUUUUAUAAGAGGUCUUAUAAUCUGUUUGUGCCUUAUCCUAUUAUGGAAACUUCUAAAGAUCCUUCCAAAGAGAUUUCUGAUGUGCAACAAUCAAACAAACCUGAAACAGCAGUUACCAAGGUUGCUGUUCCACCUUCUCCCACUUUAUCGGGAAAACUCAUUCAUCAGCCUGCAGAAGAAAUCCUUAACUCAAGCAUGCAAGGUCUCGGAAGUCUGUCUUGGAGCACAGAGACAGUGACUGCUCACAAAAGAAUACAGUUCUCCACAGAAACUUUAGGCAGCUAUGCUAAUGAACGUAUUUGGAUGAAGGAUCGAUCUGCUGGACCAGCGAACCAAAGUGAAGUGCCUGUAGUGCAGCGGAAACUUGGAGAUGUCAGACUGAAUGAACUUGGUGUCUGGCUUGGCGCUCGAGCUCCUCUGUCACCCAGAGAGAUUGUGACCAUGUCGAAGCAAGGAUGGCAGUGGUACUACAGGAAGUAUAUUGAUGUUCGGAGAGGAGGAAUCGGUGGGAUAUCCAUGCUGUUGACUGGAUACUGUGUCCUGUGUUACAUAUGGAAUUACCCACAUCUCAGUGAGUCUGAAUUAAUGGCAUCUACACAUAAUCAUCAACACAUGAAUAAAAUGCCUUGUUUUAUGCUGUUUCACAGAGAAAGAAUGCUGGAGGAAGUACCAUUAGGGACGUCUGGUGGUCUUCAUAAUUGGAGCACACUUUGGAGAAGCAGCAGGGCGAUGAGGGCGUAAUAAGCUAAAUAAUUAAUAUAGCAAGAUUAUAACACCAGCAACUAGUAGUUCACUGCAAUAUUAGGUUUGCUUGUAUUUUUGUUAGAAUUACUUUGAAUGAUCUGGGAGCAUGGUUAUUGGAGUUAUUUAACUUUAAUAUUGUUAAAUG